CAAAGCAGCACACGACAGGUGGGAGCAGGCCUCCGCAACAGCAGAACCAGGACAGGUGGAAAGCAGGCCCCAGCCGUGGCAAAUCCUCCUCCGCACAGCAGCACAUGCCCGGUGGAAGCUGGCCCCAGCCCGAAGCGUGGAGCCACUCAGUCUCACCGCGAUGGCUCCGGGAUAAAAUCCUCCUAAGUACAGCCGUACUCUACAGGUGGGAGCAGGCCUCCGCAGAUCGUAGAUGACCUGAUUGUGGUUUCAGUAGUGUGUAGGAUGUGAGAGUAAUUCACAGAUAUUGCCCUAAUGCUGCCGCUUAUUCAUGCGACGAACAUCGUCGAGAAAGUCUAAAGACACAUCAUGGCAAAUACUACUGUAUAGAAAAAGCACCUAAAUCACAUCAAAACGUUUUAAAGUAACGAGCAUAUGGAUGCACGGACAAGCGCUGAAAACUUGCAUCCGAAUCUUCCGAAUACCGGAAGCGUAUAUAUACAAAUAAGUUGACAGUUAUAAUGAGACAAGCAAAAAGAGAAUAUUAUAAUAAUAUGUUAAAAGAAAAGAAAAAUGAUAUCAAGGGCACAUGGAAAAUCUUAAAUAAUGUUAUUGGAAAUAAAUCUGUAUCCACUGGCCUGCCCAGUCACUUCAUUGAUGACAAAAAUAAGGUUGUAAAAAACAUGAUUGAAGUGGUACAUGAAUUUAACUAUUUUUUUGUAAAUGUCGGACCUAAUCUUGCAAAGACUAUUCCAAAACAACGGGCAAAGAGAGGAUGGCGGAAUUGGGGGAAGUAAAGUGUUGCAGUCAAUGUUUCUGGGAGAGAUAAACGAAAUUGAAAUUAGAUCCAUUGUAGACAAAUGCAAAAAUAAGACUUCGACUGAUAGUGAUGGGAUCGACAUGACAAUAGUGAAAACGACUAUUGACUGUAUAAUUAAACCGCUAACCUACAUCUUUAAUCUUUAAUUUCAGACAGGUAUUUUUCCAGACAGCAUGAAAUCCGUGCAUGAUGCACGGAUUCUGAAGAACAGCCCCAUCUACGCUAGGGGGACUUACCCUCCACCAGGGUAUUUCAUCCUAGCUGAUGGUGGCUACCCAUGUCUACAGGAACCCCUGGCCCUUAUCACACCAUAUAAGAGGCCAGUGAGAGGCAUGGCAGAACAACGGUUUAAUUGCCAUCACUCCAGGGGUCGCGCAAUCAUUGAGCGGGCCUUUGGGGUGAUGAAAACCCGCUUCAGGUGCAUCUUUUUAGAAACACUUGAAGUACAUCAUAAGUUUGUCCCCAAGGUUGUAACGGCAUGUGUAAUCUUACACAACAUCUGUGUCGGGGUUGGAGACGACCUACCUCCAGACGCCGCCGCUCUGGAGGACAACCAGCCACCUGCUGCGGAUGAAGGUGCAUGUGGGGAAAGUGAGAGUGGAGCAGCAUGGCGUGUGGCCCUUGCCAACGAGGUGUCCGCACUUGCUGGUGCUCCACAGGACCAUGACUAUUGUGCACAGCCUUGAAAAAGUCCUGGCGGAUAAACAGCCAAAACAUCAUAAAAUCACCAAUUCUGCCUACAUGUGGGAGAUGGACCCUCUGGCAGGAGGCUGCGCUCCAUCAGGACCAGAACCUCUCUCCACCUGAACAGUUUCUUCACCUCCGCUACCGGCCUCUUAAAUAAGGCCUGGCCCCCCCACUGAUACUUUACCUCAGACUCUAUGCAUUACAUUAAUGCACACAAUGUUCAAAUAUUGCUUACUGGACAUAUUUCAUAUGUUAUAUUCUAUAAUUCACUGCAUUCUAUUAAGCUGUAAAUGACUGCUUGACUUUAUUUUAUUGCUAUCUAUCUAUAUUUGUUUACAGUGUUGUUAAUAUAGUUCGCUAUCUGUGUACUUGUGUUUUAUAUUUAAUGUAUGCGCCAUGACAUCAAGUCAAAUUCCUUGUACUUGUGAGUAUACCUGCCAAUAAAGCCCUUUAUGAUUCAGAAU